GGGACUUUUGACGUUGUUUUUGACGUUUUGUGGAGAAAAAUGCCGAAAUGAAGAAAAUCAAUCAGCACAAAUUGCAGGCCUUUGCUGUGGGGGCCAUGGGGCAGCGUGGCCUUUCCCGGAAGGAGCAGGAAGAGCAGAAGAAGCGCGAGGAGGAACAAGCGGCGGCUCAUGCAUUCCAGGAGUUUGUGGAGACCUUCCAGGAAGCUCCGAGUACACUGUCAAAGGUCUGGGUGAAGGCUGGAACGUACGAUGCUGGUUCCCGGAAGGAAGAUCAUCGGGAACGCGGGAAGCUGUACAAGCCAACGUCCAAGUUGACGGAUGAGAAGAGUUCCACGGAGAAGGCAUCCGAGUAUGCGAUGCAUUUAGCGGGGGAAGCAAAAAAUCAGGAAAAUCGCCUCAAGAAGAAAUCGCAGGAGAAGAAAAAGAGCAAUUUGGAGCUGUUCAAGGAGGAGCUGCGGAUGAUUCAGGAGGAGCGUGAGGAACGGCACAAGUACAAGAAUGUCGCACGAUCAAUGCUCACGCAUCUGGAUUCGGAUUCAGGAACAAAAGAGAAUGACGUGGGAUCCUUUGACAAUGGAGAUCCCAACACGACUAACCUCUAUUUGGGGAAUCUCUCGCCCAAGAUUACGGAGCAGCAGCUAAUGGAGCUCUUUGGCAAGUACGGCCCACUUGCCAGCAUUAAGAUCAUGUGGCCACGCAGUGAGGAGGAGAAGAAUCGCGGGCGGAAUUGUGGCUUUGUGGCCUACAUGAGUCGUCGGGAUGCCGAGAGGGCGCUCAAGUAUCUCAACGGAUGUGACGUCAUGGGGUACGAGAUGAAGCUGGGCUGGGGGAAGUCCGUGCCAAUCUUCAAUCAUCCCAUCUACAUCCCACCCGCCCUGGUGGAGUACUCAAUGCCACCCCCACCAUCGGGGCUCCCCUUCAAUGCCCAAACUCAGGGUGGGGAGCCCGUGGAGGAGCGUGUCUCCUCCGCUGAGUACAUGGCCAAUGCGGAAGCACGAGAGGAGCUGAACAGCGUCCUCCGGGAGUCCGUUGUGAAGGUUGUCAUCCCCACAGAUCGCACCCUGUUGGCCCUCAUUCAUCGCAUGAUUGAGUUUGUGGUGCGCGAGGGGCCCCUCUUUGAGGCAAUGAUCAUGAAUCGCGAAAUUGAGAAUCCCAUGUUUCGCUUCCUGUUUGAGAAUGACAGCCCAGCGCACAUCUACUACCGCUGGAAGCUCUUCAGUCUCCUCCAGGGCGACACGCCGAGUGAGUGGCGCGAAAAGGAGUUCCGGAUGUUUGUCGGGGGGAGCGUGUGGAAGCCACCACCGUUGAAUUUCUACACGCAGGGCAUGCCGGAUGAGCUGAUGCCCGAGGAUGCCAAUGAAUCCAACAAGGGGGCGCUCUCAAAUGCGCAGAGGGAUCGUUUGGAGGACUUAAUAAGGCAUUUAACGCCGGAAAGGACAAAAAUUGGGGACGCCAUGAUUUUCUGCAUUGAGCACGCUGAUGCAGCGGAUGAGAUUUGCGAAUGUAUUGCGGAAUCAAUGGCAAAUCCAGAGACACAGCCACCGAAGAAGAUUGCCCGCCUCUAUCUCAUCUCCGACAUUCUGCACAAUUGCAGUGUCAAAGUACAAAAUGCCAGCUUCUUCCGGAAAGCCAUGGAGAAGAACCUCCUGGACAUUUUCCGGGAACUCAAUGCGGCUUAUAUGAAUAUUGAGAGUCGCCUCAAAGCGGAGGGUUUCAAGGUGCGCGUCCUGCAGGUGUGUCGAACGUGGGAGGAGUGGGUGGUGUAUCCGCGGGAGUUCCUUCUGAAGCUGCGCAACACUUUCCUGGGGCAACCGACGAGUGAGAGUCCCGCUGAGGAGCUCGAUGGGGCCCCACUCUCGGGUGAUGAGAAGGAUGAUGAGGAUCUCGAUGGGGUGCCCCUGGAUGGGGCUGCAUUGCUAAAGAGCGCCAUGCUGCGUGGUUUGCCGGACAUGGUGGCAGCUGAGGGGCAUCGUAGCACCGCCACGGCCACCUCUGUGGAGCGCAAUAGCCAUGACAGUGAUGCUGAUGAUGAUAUUGAUGGGAUUCCAUUGGAUGAGGACAUUGAUGGGGUCCCGCUGGGGGUGGGAUUUGGGAAGGGAGCUGGUGGGGCGUUUGUGCCGUCAAAGUGGGAAACGGUGGAUCCGGAACAGAUUGAGGCACAAGCCGUGACGACGAGUAAAUGGGAUAAGUUGAAUCCCGUAACGCCAGAGCCACCACGAAUUGGUGGUGGUGGGGAUAGUGAUGAUAGUGACGAUGGUGAGAGCUUGGGGGCGUCGGACGCAGCGCGGGAUUACGAUGAGGAGCGUCGAACGCGUUUGCGUGAGAUUGAAUUGAAAAUUCUGCAGUAUCAGGAUGAAUUGGAGUCCGGGAAGAGAUCACUCAAGACUGGCUGGACGAUGGCGCAGCAGAUUGAGCACUUCCGGCGGAAACUCAUGAAGAAGUCUCUCCGGGAUCCACGGGGGCAGGAGAAUUCGGAUUCAGCCUCAUCGGAGAAGUAUUCAUCAACUUCCAGAGAACGAAGGUCAGAGAGGAGGAGUCCCAGCCCUCAAGAACUCACAAAAAGGACAUCACAUCGAUCACGAUCGCCAUAUGCGAAAAAAUCCUCAAGGGAUUCAAUUUCCCCACCAAGGAAUUCCAAGCUGAAACGCGGCAGAUCGCGCAGUGCGUCGGAUUCCCCAAAGAGAUACCGAGAUAGGCGUUAUGAUGCAAGUCCCCCGCGUACAAAGUAUCGUUCCCCAUCGCCACGGAGUUCCCGGUCGAGCAGGGACUUUGUCCGGGAAGCUUCACCACCCGCAACAUCUUCCGGACGCUACAGUAGCUCAUCAAAAUCCUCCCCAAGUCGGCAUCGGGCUGACAAGCACAAGCAUCGGCAUAAAUACUAAAAAACGAAUGGGGCGCUCCUCUCUCGGACCUCCCCUGAAAACUCCGUUUUUGUGUUUUCCUUCCUCUUCUGCAGAGUUUUAGUAAGAAAAUCAAGAAAAAAGUCACUCGUUGUCAAUUUGUAGUGUGUUUUGUCGUCCUGAUGAGACGUAUCCUUGUCCUGGAACUCCUGGAGAGAUCAUCGUGUGAGAUGAAAGAAUUAUUAUAAAAAAAAUUGUAAAGUAAUAAAGAUGAGAAGAAAAAGACAGGAAGAAGGCACAGAGAGGAUAAAUGUGAGAAGAAGAAAACAAUAAAAGAGUUAUGAGAAUGGAAAAAAAAA